AUGGCAUGUGAGGUAGACAUGGAAAAGCACAGCAGCAGUCAAGACUAUCAACCGAAGGACGUGGGUCAUAGCGAAGUUUCAAAACAAAACAGCAACGGCUUCGCCUGGUGGAGACCUCGUUCUAUCCUCCGAGCAUCCCUUGCCGAUGUCUCCCUCAGCACCACCAACACCAGCGUCGUCAGCAACAGCAACAGCAACAGCAACAGUUCCCCGCCGCUACCGCACCAAGGCGGCGGAGAGGGAGAGGGAGAGGGAGAGUCGUCUCCCUCCUCGCUGUUCGACGUAGCAGCGGCAGCACAACAGCAGCAGUUCGAGACACAGCUCAAGCCCAAGAUCCAGCACCACAGCAACUGGACCAGAGGCAGCAGGGACGGCACCGAGGCACCGUCCCCCGACGAGGACGAUGCCACCAACAACCACCACAAUGACGCCGACUCUGCUACUGCUGCAUCGCCGUCGCUCCUGCCGGCGUACAACAACGACUCGGCCCGGCGGCGACGACCAGAGCAAGGCCUCCUCGGAUCCUCGUCCGGAAAGCUCAAGUCCCUCAAGCUCGCCCCGAUAGGCUCGGAGCAACUCGCAAAGCACACAGCAGCAGCAGCAGCAGUGGAUUCGGAUCGCCCUGGGACUCCUGUCAGGGGUGGCGGUAUUGGCAGCACCUGGUGCGUGGGCCCUCUGCAGGUUCGUCGGCAGGAGCAGCAGGACGAGCAGCAGCGGCGGCGGUUGGACGAGCAACGGCGCACGCCUUCCAAGCCGCCGCGGACUAACCACCACGCCGGCGCCGUGGGCGCCCGCUUCGCCGUGGCUAGCGAGGGGGGCAUGGGUACGCUCGGCGAGAAGGCUACGGCGCAAGCGGGGGUGGGAGAGGGCAGCUGGAGGGAGGAGGGCAUGGACGACGAGACCGCGGCAGAGGAGGGGGGCCAGGUGGCGGCGGAGCGGAUGAGAGCCUUGACCUCCGGCCAAGGGGAAUUUCUGGCGAGAAGAGGCUUCGCCGCCGGUCUGGUGUCACAUUUCCUGGAGGAGACGAACUGCGAGUUCAGGGUUCUCCAGGGGGGCGCGUCCUGCGGGAUGAACGCGCAGCAACUGGAAGAUGCCGCCGCCCGCCUGGAAGAAGUCUUCGUGCCUGCCGUGAAGCGGCUGAGGGCACGGUCUUCGGUGGACGUGGUGCUUGACUCCCUCUUCCAGGGUGCCGACGAUGCCGGAGACUUCGUCGUCCGAUUCGAGGUUACCCUCACCAGGUGCCACCCGGAAGACAUCGACUCGAGCCCCGCUCCCGCCCUUCGAGAGUGCGCAUCAGCUAUCAAAGAGGCCGUCAGGGACGAGGGGGUAAACGACAAGGACACGCACGAGGUAGUGUUCGUGGGCAGACCCAUGUGGGAACUGGUGUCACCGGUCUUGGACUUGUCGGCCAAGGCCGGGGGGGGUGCUGGUGCUUCUGGUUGAGGGGGGCGCGCAGGAGGAGAGGUGCACAACCCGUGGUUAGGUGCCAUAGAGUGCUUUAUGCAAGGCCCCCGUUGCAUCCUGACAGUCCCGGGAUGGGUGUCGUAGGAUUUUCGCCGUUUGAGGAGGUCCAAAACAAUAGGGGCGGCGGGGCCUCACCAUAGGCCCCUCAUCCCGAACCCCUUGAGCUGGGCGUGGUGGUAGAUGAAAGUCCGAAAGCUUUGUGCUGUCGGUUGGAGGGGGGUGGGGGGGAAAUGAAAUUAUUUGCCACCGUGUGACUCCGCUCUCAUGUAUAUCGAGAGUUUCUUUUGAGACGUUUAGCGUUUCAUUAUUUUUGGGGACACAGAGGGGGAGGGUGUCCGCGACCACCUUUGGAUGGCCCCGGCGCUGGGCGUGGUGAUGAGCUUGUUUGAACGGGAGGGGGGAGGGGGGAGGGCAGGGCUAUUCAUGAUAUAUUCAUGCUUGGAAGAUUUAAAUUGCAGCGAUGGCCACGCUUGAAGCGUGAACGUGGAGAAUCGAGGGAAAGGGAAAAUGGGGCUGCAGCGUUCAUGUUCAAUCGGCUGUUCCGUUUUGCUCUUGACCUCGUGCGCGUGGUUUAUGUACUACCUUAGGGGCGUGUUGUCUGUCUCUUGUCUUGUGGGCACACAUGUUCAUGUCACCGCAUAAAUGAGGUCUUGCCGAGGGUAUCGAGGGAGGGACCGUCAGAAAUAAUUCUAGCGUUAGGGAGAAAGAGGGUUCCGACUCGUUUACGUAUAGCGGAGUUUGUGGCAUCUAUUUAAGCGUUCGUUGUCGUGGGACAGCAGUGUUAUUGUCAGCAGAUCCUGUACAGGUGGCUCGGCAUUUUUGUGCGAAUCCAGUAUUUAGUCCGAGGGCGGCGAAGAGGUUGACUUGUUCGCCAACUUCAUGGCAGUCUAGCGGACCACGGCUGUGUACAAGUGUGUGUUUGCCGCGUCUGUUCGAUAUUGUUACUAGUUCAUUUUUUGAGUAUAUUUGCGCUGUUCUGUUUCGUCACUUUCGUAAUCCCGCCACCAUGCCACGCCAAUGAUACAUACGCAUACGCAUACAAUAGUACAGUUCAAUUUACGUAUUCUUAU